AUGUCGGCCUUGCCGGAAAGAUCCGCAGAGUUUGGCCGCCAGACGACGGACUUCGGGCGCCAGAUCACCCCUGUGCCUGUGAGGUCGACGGCAUUUGCGCGGCAAACGAGCCCUUGGGAAGCUGGAGCCCUCAACGACUUGGAGGACUACAUCUUCUCAGGCCGCUUCGGCUCCCAGACAAACAAUGACAAGAAAGGCGACGUGGAGGAGGCGGCCGUGUGUGCAGAGUCCAGUCAGUCCAGUCAGGCCUCUGAGUCGACGUUUUCGGAGGACGGAGAUGAAAGGCUCUCUUUGUGGACGCGGCGCACAAUCGGUUUGCCUUUGGGUGGUUUCUUCCUGGCUUUCUUGAAUGCCACAGUGACAGGCGUCGCUUAUGGCUUCUUCCUCGGAUACAUGGGCUUGGACUCAAACGUCAUGAUGUCGAUCACGGCACUCAUGAAGCUUCCACAAGUGCUGCUUCUUCCUUUCGGCAUGAUGAACGACUGCCUUCCCAUUUGCGGUCUCAACAGGAAGCCGUACUUCCUGGCAUCCUGGCUCAUCUGUGCCUGCGCGCUCUUGAUCAUGAGCUUGUGGACCCUUCCCGGGCCCUACUACUGUCAACAUCCUGAUGGCAGCUACGACACAUUGUCGCCGCCUUGCAAUCCAACAAUCCAUGCGGAAAAGAAUUGGUACAUCUUCCCCAUGUUUGUUCUUGUUGCAGGCGUGCAAAUGGGCUGCGUGGCAGGGGAGGGCCUCUUGUUGCAGUACUCUCAGUGCGAGCCUCUGGAGUCCCGCGGGAAGAUGAAGGCUGAGUUCACCAUGGUCACGAUGGCAGGCUCACUCGCUUCCUCGGCAGUCAUUGGGGUCUUCAUGAACAGCAAGGAAUACUUGGGCACCUUCGAUUGGGGUAUCUCCUUCAAUGGCUUAAUGAUGGUGUGCUUUGUCAUCUCCGCCAUGUUGCUGCUGAUCUGCAUGGUGAGCGUCUACGAGCCCAGGAAGGUUGAGCGGCCCUCGUUCCGGGCACACAUGGAUUCGUCUUGGAAUUUGAUCCAAAGCAAAUGCUUGUCCGGCGUGUUGAUCUUCGCCUUCGUUUUCCAGUUCUUCGCUGGGUUAAGUACGACCGCGGCGCCCAUGGUCAGGAGCCAGUGGGCCGGAGUCCGGGUGCUGCAGCAGCAGCUGUUUCAGAUGGCCGGGAUGUUCGUGAUGAUGGCGGCCACCUGGGUCUACAAAGUCUACUUGUUGCAGUCUUGUUGGCGGAAGGCCAUCCUCAUAGCUACUGUGGCGGUGACGGUUUGCGACUCCUUGCCGACCUUCUUGGCGAUCUUCGAUGUGGUCCGAGACCAGUACUUCUAUUUGGGCGAGGAGAUUGUCGGGGCCGUGCCCACCACGGCUUUGGCCUUGAUCCUGAACUUGAUGGUCAUCGAACUCUCGGAGCCGGGGCAGGAGGGUUUGACAUACGGCCUCGUUGGCACAGUGAUGCACUCCAGUCAGCCGCUGUCCGUGGCUGUCUCCAACCAAGUCUCCUCCCUGUUCCAGCCCUCGUUGUCCAAGCCCGAGAACUACCAAAGGGACGAAGACAGCUUCCGCCGCACCGUGGCCCUGUCCUACGCGCUGACGUACCUCUGCUCCAUGCUAGGGGCCCUGGCGCUCCCUCUGAUCCCUCGGCAGAAGCAGGAUGCUCAAGCGAGGAAGGGGAAGGGCCGCAACCGAUGCAUGACCGCCCUGGUCAUCUUGAUCCCAGCCCUUUGCCUGCCCUACGGCAUCACCGUGCUCCUGCUGACCAGCCAACCCCAAACCGCUUGCCUUCGCUUCGUUGGCGGCCCGGGCUGUGCCUGA